UUCAUCCCAUUUUGUAUCUCUCGCUCUCUGUUUCUCGAUCCUAAACGAGUUACCUUUCUUCUCAUCAAUACCCUGCGAUGGAGAAUUUAAUCCUUAAACAAGCUCUUAUCAUGCUCCUAAUAAUAUUUUCAUCACCAAUCUUGAGUACUCAAGCCCGAAUCCUCCAUGCAGAUAGAGUUGCAAACAUGGGCAUUAUAAAUAGUCAGGUUCUCCUACGUGAGCUCGGGUUUGAUCUCUCCAAGUUCAAAGGAUAUAAUGAAAGGAGGUUUUUAGUAGAUUCGGAAAGGGUUUCACCGGGAGGACCUGACCCGCAACAUCAUUGAAUGAUCUAUACGGAUAUUUUACUUGACCGGAGAUUCAAGCACAAUAAUUGUGACUGAUCCAUGCAGGUCAUUUAAUAUCGCCAUAUAUAUGCUUUUCUUCUCUCGUUUUCCCCUUCAUAAAUCUUACGUACAAUUUUGUUGUAUCAAGGUUUUGGUGUUCUUGUACCUCCUUGUCUUAAUACAUUAAACUUUUUCUCUGUAUGUUUUCGUGUGUCUCCAAUGAGUUACCUUUUAUGUAACAGCAAUUGGCUUAUACAUAAUA